AUGUUUACGCCGGCGAAAAAGGCGGCGCUGGGGCCAGCAAUGCGCGUGGCAUUGUCCCCAGUCACCUCGCUGCCCGGUUUCCUGGUACCGGCGUGGCAAUCGACUGCUGCGGCCACAGUCGCGCGACAGUUUUCGACAACUGGGCCACGACCCUCGAAGCUCGGCCGCACGCCCAUUUCUAUACCCCCGGGCGUGGAAUUGAUCAUAGGCGAGCCAAGAAUGGUCAACAAUAUGACCUCAUAUAAGCCCAAGGUCGUGAAGACGAUAAAGAUCAAGGGACCUCUGGGAGAAUUAAAGAUGGACGUGCCCAGCUUUGUACAAAUGGAGCAGAAUCUCGAGGACAGCAUGGUUAUGCUGUCGGUUGACGACGCCAACAUUUCGCAACAAAAAGAGAUGUGGGGCACCACCUGGGCGUACCUCAACAAUCACAUCAUGGGCGUCUCCGAAGGCCACACCGCGAUCCUGCGACUCGUCGGAGUCGGUUACCGAGCGACCGUGGAGCAACGCGCGAACAAGGCCGAGUACCCUGGACAAAAGUUUUUGUGCUUGAAGCUCGGCUUCACGCAUCCUGUGGAAGAAGGCAUUCCCAAGGGCGUCACGGUGACGACGCCGGCGCCGACGAGGAUCCUGCUCGAGGGCGCGGAGCGCGAGGUGCUCAUGUCGUUUGCUGGCAGAGUCCAUACAAAGUUUCUACUGUACGGGAUGGCUCGCCGCGACUGGUGCAGCAUGCAAGUGCUUGAGGUAGCAUUGAAAUACGAAACCAUUGAGAUUCGGCAUCCAGUGGCUUUGGCUGACCCCGACGUGGAACUGAUUGAGACUCGAAUAUCCGUCACAACGCCACGCAAGAACCAUUCAUCUUGCGCAAUUUUUAUACACCGCAAAGAGUGUAUGCCUGCUCGUCCCGCACAUCGUCGAGAGCCCCGCGAUUCCUGGGUCUCUUACCUCACCCGCUCCCCGUUCCUCAUCGCCGUCGCAUUUGCUAUCUUCGCUAUCGUCUUAUUUUUGAGGAGCUCCCCAUCGCCUCUGUCGAGCUUCAUCAGCAGCCCCAGCGACGCCCCGACAACACCGCCGUUGUCGCCGAUCCCCGCCGCCGCCGCCAUAGCUUCCCUCAUUUCAUCCGCGCGCGGACGACUUGCCCAGCUCACCAGCCACCUCCUCCACCGGGCGUCGUCCUCAUCCUUGGCCACCAUGGUUGUCUCGCCUAGAUACGAGCGCGAGCUGCAGGUCGCGGAGCUGGCCGUGCAGCGCGCCGCCAUCCUCACCAAGCGUGUCUUUCACGAAAAGGCCAAGGGCACCGUCGACAAGAACGACAAGUCGCCCGUCACGAUUGGCGACUUUGGCGCGCAGGCGCUCAUCAUCGCCGCGCUGCAGCACAACUUCCCCGACGACGCCAUUGUCGCCGAGGAAGAGGCCGCGCAGCUGCGCGAGGACGCCGCGCUCCGCGACACCAUCUGGGAGCUCGUCCGCUCGACGGCGCUCGCCGACGCCGACGCCGAGAGGCUGCUCGGCGGGCCUAUUGCCAGCGUCGAGUCCAUGCUCGAUCUGAUUGACAAGGGCAACAGCGCGGGUGGCCGCGCGGGCCGCAUCUGGACGAUUGACCCGAUUGACGGCACCAAGGGCUUCCUCCGCGGUGGCCAGUACGCCGUGUGCCUCGGGCUCAUGGUCGACGGCGACGUCAAGGUCGGCGUGCUGGGCUGCCCGAACCUGCCCGUCGACGACGCCGCGCGCCUCACAGCUGACAGCGGCGCCAACCAGACCGACACCGAGGGCCACGGCGUGCUGCUCGCCGCCGUGCAGCACCACGGCGCCCACAGCCGCGCCCUGACGGCCGGCGCGCUCGCCGGCUCCAAGGCCAUUGGCAUGCGCGCCCUCACGGACCUCGCCACCGCCACGUUUUGCGAGAGCGUCGAGGCCGCGCACUCGGCCCACGGCGACCAGGCCAAGAUUUCCGAGACGCUCGGCAUCACCGAGCCCAGCGUGCGCAUGGACUCGCAGGCCAAGUACGGCUCCAUUGCCCGCGGCGCCGGCGACAUUUACCUGCGCCUGCCGGUCAAGGCGACCUACCAGGAAAAGAUUUGGGACCACGCCGCCGGCGACUUGAUUGUCCGCGAGUCGGGCGGCCAGGUCACGGACAUUUACGGCAAGCGCCUCGACUUUGGCGCCGGACGCACGCUGGCCAAUAACAAGGGCGUGGUGGCGGCGCCUGCGCCGGUGCACGGCAAGGUCCUGGCGGCUGUGCAGGAGGUUCUCAAAAUCAAAGCUUGA